AUGGCCGACAAUGAAAAGAGGAAGUUGAUGUGGAGUCCCUCUAUUGCCCUUGAUAGUGAUCUCUCUGUCUCUGUAAACAGUGCCUUUUAUAACUUUGCGUACUGCGUGCGCUGUUCCAGAACAUUGUGUGUCCCAUUGUCUUCUCCGCAGCAUCGUGUUGUCAAUGCAUCCUCCACAACUUCGUGUGCCUCAUCAUGUGGCGUCAGCGACUCCACCCGUAGCAUCAUGUGUCACUGGCCUUGCGCCUCCUCCAUAUCAUUCACCACCAACCUCUAG